UCAUAAAUUAAUAUCUUUAAAACCAACAAAACUUGAAUCUUUUUUCCUAAAAGUAAUAAACUAAUUUUCUUUUUGUUAUUUGGAGGGAAAAUAUGGCUCAAAUUCUCACAUUCUUUUAUGUUUGGAUCAUUUUUUUAUCUGUACUUAUUAUUGUGACCGAUGGAGCAAAGCGUGGCUUCGAACCUAUUGGAUCUUUCAUUCCUUGUCGAUCAUACAAAGAUUGUCCAGAAGAUAUGUGCUUGCCUCCACGAAUACGACAUUGCAUAUUGGGUUAUUGUGAAUGUCGUUAAGCAUAACAAUCAUGUUGAGAAAUAUUUGAAUAUUUCUUAUACUGUGUCAUUUUAUUUUAUUUUUUCAUAUCAUAAUAAUACAAAUAAUGUUGUUAAAUUAACUUUAAAAAUCGGAAAUAAAAAUGAUAAAAUAUGCAAAAAGUACUAUUUCGUUGGAAUGUGUUUUUUCAGCCAUUAGAAUUUAUAGAUUUUUUUUUUUUCAUAAGCAAGAGAUUAUAUAAAUGGAGAACUAGGGGUUCUCAACCCGAUUACAAUGAUCAACGGGAAAAACCCGACAAAAAGAAAAUUACAAGCCAAUUACAUUGAAAAAUCUCUUUAAUUACAA